AUGAUCGGUUUCUUGGAAUUGGCCUGUUCGAUCAGGCGACGAUUGGAUGGGAAUGGGGAAAUUGUGAGGAGAAGGACGAGUACAAACGAUGUGGCGAAAAUCGUGUCGAAAGAUUUAAAGCGACAGGCGGGAGGAGCAAAAUUAGCUGAUGAGGAGUUCAUUUCGUUAGAAUCAGUGAUGGCUGAGUUUCGCCUUUCAAACAAUACUUUAAAACGAAUGAUGCAUCAUAUGAGCGAUGAUAUGGAUCGAGGCCUAGAAGGUGGCCUCUCAAAAAGUACGAUUGCUAUGCUACCCUCGUUUGUCCCUGAAAUGCCCGAUGGAUCGGAAAGGGGUAAAUUCGUGGCGAUGGAUUUGGGUGGGACGAAUCUUCGCGUGAUGAUCAUGGAAAUCGAGCCGGGAGAAGAAAUGCGAUGCAAACAAUUCAAUACAAGGAUGCCGAAUUGGGCACAACACGGAACGGGGCAACAACUAUUCGAUUUCAUUGCUAAAGCUCUUGCCGACUUUUUGAUUGAAAAAGGUGUCGAUCAAGAUGGUUUACCUGUUGGUUUCACUUUUUCAUAUCCUUGUGAUCAAACAAGUCUCCGAUCAGCUACAUUGUUGAGAUGGACAAAAGGAGUGACGGCGACGGGAUGUGUGGGAAGAGAUGUUGUACAAAUGCUUGAGGAAGCGAUCAAAAGAGAUGGGCGAAUAAACGUGGAAAUCAUGGCACUAAUCAAUGAUACAGUGGGCACAAUGGUUGCUGCCGCCUAUCAAAAUAAAGGACAACAAUGUGAUGUUGGAGUGAUCAUUGGCACUGGCACAAACGCCUCCUACAUGGAACACACGAAAAAUAUCCACUAUGGAGUGGCAAAGGCCACCGAACCGUAUCCAUAUAAACAGAUGAUCAUCGACACAGAAUGGGGCGGAUUUGGCGAUCGUGGCGAGGCUGAUUACAUUUUCACCGAAUACGAUCGAAUCAUUGAUCGACGAUCCGAUCAUCCCGGAGUGAAUUCAUUGGACAAGCUGAUCGCCGGGAUGUGUAUGGGUGAAUUAGUGCGCUUGGUUUUAGAGAAAUUAACAAGGCACAAGGUUUUAUUCGAUGGAAUGGGCUCCGAAACUCUCUUCACAAUUGGCACAUUUCCGACGAAAUAUAUUUCAGAGAUUCUACAUGAUGAUUGUGGUUCGUAUCAACACACUCGACAAAUCAUGGGCGAAUUGGGCAUUGAUGAUUACACCUUUUCUGAUAUGUUAUUGUUUAGAGAAGUUUGUGUGGUUGUGUCAAGAAGAGCCGCCAAUCUAGCAGCUGCUUCGAUCGCUUGUGUUCUGAAUCGCGUGAAACGCCCGAAAAUGAUUAUUGGCAUCGAUGGAUCGACGUAUAAAUAUCAUCCCUUUUUUGAGCAUUGGGUAAACGAGAAAAUUCGCGAGUUGGUCGAUCCGGGACUUGACUUUAAAAUUGUCCAAACUGGGGACGGAUCGGGUCGAGGAGCCGCGCUGAUCACGGCGAUCAUUUGGCGUUUAAAGAAAAGAAAACAAAUCGAAGAGCAAAACGCUCUAAAUCGUCGUUUAUCCAUUGAAAAUGAGGAGAGGGAAAAGAAAGAACGAAAAUCCGAAGAGAAAGAAGCGAUUGGGGAAGAGAGGGAAGAGAAUCGAUGGUUUGAUGAUAAAGUGGAUGUGAUCGCAGCGAUCGGGCAAGCCGUUGUCGACGAUCCGGUCAUUGUGGCGGCACAUGAAGUUGAAGAGGUUCAGGGAAAUGAAGAACGAGAAGUGGAAAAUGUGAAUGGAUCUAGGGAAGAAUCGAAAGAGAAAGAAGAGGAAGAGGAAGAGAAUUCAUCACCGAAUCGAAAAGCGAAACUCGAUCCAGAGCCACUCAUUCAACAGAUUCCUUAUCCCAAAACACUCAAAAACGAGAAUGGAGUGCACAAUCGAUCGAACAACUCCACCUCAGCAUCAUCUUUAUCCGAAAGUGAUCACGAGAAUGAUGGAUCUGCAAUAAAUAUUGAA